GAACAGAGGAGAGACAUGCUUAUCAGCUCCUAGACUGGCAUAAUCCCUUGGGAUGGAAGCUCACCUGUAUCAUUACUGAAGGAGCCUCUGUAACAGUAUGAAGCUGGAAAGUUUUGUGUCUGCGAUGGAUAGGAACUAUCAUUUUGUGUGGACUGGGUGCCACCCCUUGUAACACUGCAAUCUUCCUACCUUGUAUAUAAUUUGUUGCUGUGCUCCUGCCCAUAUCAUUCAUUGAGAUCUACAGAAGACAAACAUUUCUUAAAAGGAGUUUCUCUUCUCUCCUGGUCGUACAUUAACCAUUAAUGAUAAUGGAGAUAUGUACUGGGAAAUUCACAAGGGCAUUUGUGGCAGAACUUUUGGGGACGUUGAUAUUUGUCUUCUUCGGGCUUGGCUCUACAUUGAUUUGGCCAUCAGAACUUCCAUCAAUCUUGCAGAUAUCCUUCACUUUUGGUCUGGGCAUUGGGACGCUUGUCCAGUCCCUUGGGCAUAUCAGUGGCGCCCAUCUUAAUCCGGCAGUGACUGUGGCAUUCCUGGUGUCAUCUCAGAUUUCCUUGUUUCGUGCCAUUUGUUAUGUCUGUGCGCAGCUGAUGGGAGCUGCAAUUGGAGCUGGCUUGCUAUAUGUAUUUACUCCUGAAGAAUUUCAUGGAGGCUUUGGUGUUAAUGCGCCAAGCAACAAUGCAACAGAAGGCCAAGCCGUCACGGUGGAAAUCAUCUUAACAUUGCAGCUUCUGCUCUGCAUCUAUGCCUCUACGGACAGCAGACGGGAGGACAAUGUAGGAUCUCCUGCACUCUCUAUAGGACUCUCAGUUCUGUUGGGUCACCUGGUUGGGAUUUAUUUCACUGGCUGCUCUAUGAAUCCAGCUCGCUCCUUCGGACCAGCACUGGUAGUGGGAAACUUCACUGCACACUGGAUCUUUUGGAUUGGACCAAUGGUAGGAGCCAUACUUGCAUCAUUGAUCUACAAUUAUGUACUCUGUCCCCAGGAGCAAACCUUCCGUGAGAAACUGGCAAUUCUGUUAGGGAAAAUACCAUCUAUUGAAGUAGAAGAAGACUGGGAAGAAAGACAUGAACAGCCUCGGAGGAAGUCAAUGGAACUUCAGACCUUGUAACCUCUUUUGCAAAUCAGUUGUAAAAACAAACACUUCACUAUGUAGAAAUUGACAUUGUUUAAAUGUACCCUGAAGGAAAAUGUUCCUACACUUUUAUCUCUCUUUCAUUCUGUUUUCAUUUCAAAAUACUAGAUACCAAGCACCAGGAAUGGAUAACCCCUACCCUUACCUCCAAUAUUUAGUUGUUUCUGGGUCCCUUAGU